GGGGUCCACCCCCGCUCGUCACGCUCACACGCCGCCGUGUUUUUUGUGUGAUAGAUGCUGCUGCUCGGUGGGAUGGGCUCGAUUCUGCAGGAACGGCUUCCACAGCAGCACCGUGUGGAUCCGGAUUCCAGCAGGGACCGGGACCGCAGGAAGGACCACGGGCCCGGCGUGGCGGGCAACAAAAUGGGCAGACGACAAACGCAAAGAAAACCUCUGCAGCAGCCAAACCAAGAACACAGUCAGGAGAAAAAACUCCAGCAAAGAAGAAAGCCCAAACAUAAGACCUCCUCGACAAAGUGCAAUGUUUCUCGUCCCUGUGCUCAGGGAUCAUCAGAGUCCAAGUUCGUGUCCCCACCAGAGGACAGGAGGCAGACAAAAGUCCAGCCAGCUGCUGAGCGCUGCAGAGAGCAGAAGCGGGCGGGAGUUAGAGGAACCAGACACUCAGCAGCCUUUUCCUGCCCCCGUCCGUCUGUCUCACAUGCUGAUCUGAUGGACAGACAGUCACCAAACAAGGAUGCAGGACGUCAGAAUGGCCUCAGAGAAGAAGACAGUGACACGGACUUGUCUGACUCCGAGAGACUUCCCGUGCUCCCCUUUGAUCCAGUUCCUCCAAAGCUGGAGCUGCGGCCAGAUGUCCUCGUGGACAGUGUUUCCUCUCACAGCCACAGACUCAGAGGACAGGACCACAGUGAGUUCCCAGACUUCCUGCCUCCGCCUUUUAACUCCUGGAGCCUCACUCAACUGGCUGUCUUCUACAAUGUGGAGGGGAGGACGGCCCCUCGGCCCCGGCCCAUCAGCCCCCUGGAAAGGUACCUGGAGAGGCUGCUGCAGUUGGAGUGGCAGCAGAUCCAGACAGUCCAGGAGGAAAGCGGGACAUCCACUUUGUCGGAUAUUGUAGCCAGCUGCCACAAGUCCUCUGUCGCGGCCACGUCCCAUCUCAGUUCUCCGAAGUGUAUCCUGCAGUGUCAGCGAGCCUUUCCCCUCACGUUCCUGUCGUCCACGGCCUGUCACGCCGCCCUGCUCUCCGGCUGUGCCUGCAGUUCGUGCCGUAUGCGCUACUCCUCCUGUAGGGCCAACCACGGCCACAUCCAUCAAUCCAGACUGAGCCCCACGCUGGAGUAUAGAAGUCCUAUGUUGCUACCGCCAAGGAGCUACAGCGAGUCCAGAGUGCACGCCUCAGAAAGGGGCCGUGUGUACCAAGCUCAGAGGUUCAGCAGCCUUGUGAGGGGAAACAGCCACCUGAGGAGGAUGCAAGCUUUGGGCAACAUUCGUAACCCUGUCCAAGGUGCUACCUCCAGGUCUGGGACUGGGAGGGACAGUGCGUUGGCACAGAGGGAUGUGUUGGACUGUAGGACAGUGGGGAAAAGGAGCAGCUCAGAGCACAGAAGAGGGGGAACAGAAAGAUGUCAAGAUGGUUCAGAGCAAAGCUGCAGAUCAGCCUGUAGGAGAGGAGCUGAAAACCAGAGAGCAGCAGAACUGAAGAAACUGGAGGUGAAACCAGAAGCUGUUACUGCAAUAAUGGAGAAUUUUCCUGAGUCCAAAUAUGCUCAUAUAAGUCGGACAAACAGACCAAAACAGGUUGAAUUCAUUACAUAACAGAAACAUGAGUCAUUUUAAACUGUACACCACAAAUUAAACGUUUUAUUAUGAUUGUAUAUUUUCAGUCAUUAUUAUUAAUUUUAAGUGGCUGACAGCAGAUGUAGCAAAA